AUGAUAUGUCAAGACCUCAUUCGGCAUUAUGGGAGGAAAUCUGCCAAGGCUAAUUGUAUGAUCAAGCUUGAUCUACAAAAAGCGUAUGAUACUAUUGAGUGGGACUUCAUUGAAGAAAUGCUUACUGCAUUUAAGUUUCCAGAAAAUUUUAUAAAGUUGAUCAUGAAGUGUGUCCGAACUCCGAGAUUUUCACUAAUGCUAAAUGGUUCUUUGCAUGGUUUAUUUGAGGCAAAGAGAGGGCUGAGACAAGGUGAUCCAAUGUCCCCGCUCCUCUUUGUUUUAGGCAUGGAAUAUCUUUCCAGGAUUAUGCAAAAAGUUGGGCAGAAACAGGGUUUUAAAUUCCAUGAAAGGUGUGGCGAAUUGAAGCUAAAUCAUCUUAGCUUUGCGAAUGAUGUCCUUCUAUUUUGUCAUGGAGACUUCAAGAGCAUCUAUUAUAUGUUGCAGGGCCUCAAACUGUUUUCUAUCACUUCGAGUUUGCUGCCUAACUCCUCAAAAUCUGCAUUCUACUGCAGUAAUAUGCAGGACUGA